AUGUCGAACGAAGAGAGGAAGACAGACAACAGCGCGGUAACCGAAGUUCUCGUCAGGGAGAUCCAAAACAUUGACGAAAAUGCAUUCCCUCAGCUUAAAAGCAUUGGCGAGAAUGAACUGUUUCGCCUCCGCGGUGGUAUUGCUGAUUCGCUCGAUUUAGUUGAAAAUCGUCGUGUUAAGGUGCGGGCGAAGGUCAAUAUACCUUCUGAGCAGUAUCCAUAUGUUAAUUUUGUCGGAAAGUUAUUGGGACCUGGCGGAAAAACUCUUCGAGGCAUACAAGAUGAGACCAAAACCAAAAUGGCUAUCCUCGGCGCAGGAUCUCUCAGAGACGAAGCAAAGGAAAAGGAAUUGCUCUCCAGCGGCGAUCCUAAAUACCAGCAUCUAAAACAGAGUCUCCAUUUGCAGAUUGACGCUCUUGCGCCCCCUGCUGAG